AAAAUAAACUUGUUUUUCAUGGUUUCUUUUUAUUUUAUUAUAUUGAAAAGAAUUAAACAUAUAAAUAAGUUACAAAAGAUAAAAUUACAUCUGAAUUUUAAAAUUUUUUUAUUUUAAUAAUAGGGAAAAAAUGUAAGCAUGAUCCCUGUUCUUAUUUAAUUUAAUUUAUAGUAUAGAGGAAAACGAAUGCCGAUGUCAGUCACCACCCCAAAGGCAGUAACUCGCUGUUUCAGAAGCGCAAGAGAAAGCGAAUCUAAUCUGCAAAAAGGGUUUUUCAUUCUUAAACGCCGUUACCGAACUGAAGAACCCAUUUUUUAUGAUUUUACCUCUCUCUCUCUCUCUCUCUCUCUCUUCUUUAUGCCUGGCCGCGACUGUUUCCCACGCGCCACCCUUUUCCUCCUCUGCGGUCAGCUGACACUCAAACCUCCGGUGUCAUCAGUCGUCAUUCGCAUUUAAGUUUACCUCCUCCUCCUCCGUCGUCUUCUUCGGUAAAGUUCGUCUCUUUGAAAACCAACUUAAACUGUUAGGGGGCCUUUGUUUUUCCGGUCAAUCUUUUCUGUUUUCUUGAAUUCGUUUGGACGGUGAGAAAUCCCAGCAGAAAAUUCUUCUUUUUUUAGUCAGAAAAGUAAAAUUCAGACUUUAAUUGCUUUUGUCUUGCAUGACUGGUUUGCUCUCUCUUUUUUUUUUCGGCUGAUUUUGUGCUCUGCAACUGUACGUAUCUGUGAAAGCGGUUUAUGUCAGCAGCAGCCAUUAGAUUCUGUUAAUAGAUACCGAUAAUUCUACUCUGUAUAAGGCGCCAUCGCCAUGUCGAGAUAUUCAAAUGGGAAAGGUUCCUCAGGUCGGCAAGGGCAGAAAGCAAUAGUGCCAAAGCCUGAAAUGUUGGAUUUUGAUUUGCCUGAGGAUGCUCUUUACUCCCGACCCGUUGGGGUACGACUGUGACUCCCCAUUUUUUUUACUAUCUUUUUUAUCACUGUAUAUAGUUUGCGUGAAUUUUCCAUCUUCAUUUUAAGGUAUGAACACAGUGCAUAGCAUUAUGAGUGAACAUUGGGUUUUCUUUGCCUGCCUCAACCUCUCUUAGUGGAUUCUUAGCACAACGUUGCAAGUUCAUCUGGAAGCAAUGUAAGAUCAUUUUUCAUUGGGAUGGGAUUUUCGCCAUCUCUCGUUGAGAAAGUCAUUGAAGAAAAGGGUGAAGACAAUGCUGACUUGUUACUGGAGACUCUUGUUGAAUAUGCUGAUGUUCGAAAAGUAAACACUCACCCAUCAGCUUCUCUGGAUAGCUUAUUUGCUGACAAGGAUGGAGGCCGUUGUCCAGAAAUCUCCACUUAUAUUCAACCAAAAGAGGAGCCUAAUGUAUUUGAUGAAGUUCAUGUUGACAAAAGAGCAUCUUUACUGAUGAUGAGUUUUUCUGUAAAUGAAAUCGAGUUUGCAUUGGACAAACUUGGUGAACAUGCUCCACUAAAUGAAUUAGUGGACUUCAUUGCAGCUGCUCAAAUAGCAGAAGAAUUUGAGAAGGAAUCAGAAGAUUCACUCAGCAGUGAGGAAGAAAAGGAUCAGAAUGUUACUAAUGAAUUUCUGUUUGGGACGAUGGAGAAGACACUUCACUUGCUUGAGAUGGGUUUCUCCGAGAAUGAAGUUUCAAUAGCAAUUGAGAAGUUUGGUUCAGAAGUUCCAAUUGCAGAGCUUGCGGAUUCAAUUUUCACUGGUCAAAUUGCUGGUAACUACACUGAAAGUAAAAAGUUCACAUCUGCAGCUCUGCGCAGAGGCUUGAUACAUAACUCAUGUGAUACAGUGAAGAUUGAAACUGAGGAUUGCAGUUCCAGUGCUGUUCCUCAGUCAAGAAAUAUUAACAUAGGGGAAUCAUGCAAAGGGAAAAGACCUAAAGAAGAAAGUUUUGAUGACUUCCCAGUUUCUCUUCCUCAGUUCAAGCAAUCUAGUUAUGAGAAAAAGCACAAAGGGAAAAGGCCAAGGCAAGACUAUGUAGAUAAUACAAGUUCUGUCCUUGAUCCAGCAUGGCUUGAAGAGAAAAUAAACCCUAAUAUCAUCAGAUUUGAGAUGCCCAGACCUUUCAAAUCCAAUUCAUGCGAGAGUGUGGACAAGAUGGUAGCCAAACCUCCAUAUUUUUUUUAUGGGAAUGUUGUCAAUAUGUCUCCUGAUUGUUGGGCCAAGGUUUCACAGUUCUUGUACGGAAUCGAGCCUGAAUUUGUGAACACUCAGUUUUUCUCUGCCUUAAGCAGAACAGAAGGCUAUGUACACAAUCUUCCAGGGGGAAACAGGUUUAACAUCCUUCCAAAGUCACCAUUGACUUUACAGGAUGCAUUGCCGCAUACAAAGAAGUGGUGGCCAUCUUGGGAUACAAGGAAACAGUUGAGUUGCAUGGGUUGUGAAGUUAAUGGAGUAUCAAAGCUAUGUGAUAGGCUUGGGAAGAUAGUAGCUGAUUCUGGAGGAGUACUUUCAUCAGAUCAGCAGAAAGACAUGCUUCGUCAUUGCAAGAUAUCAAAUCUCGUAUGGGUUGGCCCGUACAAGUUGGGCCUUGCAGAGCCUGGACAUUGGGAGCAUAUUCUAGGCUACCCAUUGAACCACACUAAAGCUCUGGAGAAUGACUCGACUCGAAGGCUACAAUUACUCAAGCAAUCGUUCCAAACUGACACUUUGGGUUAUCAUCUCUCUGUUUUGAGGUCAAUGUAUCCUAGAGGGUUGACUAUGUUAUCUGUUUUUAGCGGCAUUGGUGGGGCUGUGGUUACUUUGCAUCGGCUGGGCAUCCACUUGAAAGGUGUUGUCUCUGUAGAGACAUCUGAAGCUAGGCAAAGUAUUCUUAAGAAUUGGUGGCAAAGUACCGGACAAACUGGAGAGUUGGUGCUGAUAGAAGACAUUCAAAAGCUAACCAGUAAAAAACUUGAGAACCUCAUUGAUAAAUUAGGCGGUUUUGACUUCGUAAUCUGUCAAAACUCUAGCAGUUCCAUGACGGGUCCAGAAGAUGAUAGGCUGCCAGGCUUUGACUUCUCUUUGUUUUAUGAAUUUGUUCGUGUAUUGCAACGUGUAAGAAGUAUGAUGGAGAGGAGAAGCUAACUCUUGAGUCCCUCUGUCCAUGUAAAUGGUAUGCUGAUUAAUAAUGAGUUAUCUAAUUUGGCCAGAUGAGGCUUUGGGUA